AAAUGUCGAAGCCUGGACCAAAACCCCGUCGGGAUGUGAAUUCCAGGAGGGUAUUGGAUGAAGCAGCUCGACGGCGAAGAGCUCGGAGAGCACUAGAAGCUCUGGAGCAGGACAACUUCCAUGAUGAUCCCCAUGGAGAUCUAGUUAUGAGCAAGAAAGCUCCCAAGUUCAGUGACAAGCUAGAAGUCCGUGGUGGUGGGCGAAAAAAGAAGCAAAAGCAUUCAGCGGAGUAUUACAAACUGAAGUACCGAAAAACUUUUAAUCAACUAGUUGAAGAGGCUCAAUUGAGUCAUCCAGAUCCUCCAAACUACUUAAGUGCACAAGCGGAACCAUCAAAUUUGCCAGAACGCCAUUUCUGUGCUGUAUGCGGGUUUCCCAGUAACUACACUUGUAUUCAAUGUGGCACACGUUAUUGUUGUGUCAGAUGUCUUGGAACCCAUCAGGAUACUCGUUGCUUGAAAUGGACAGCAUAAAUCAAUAUAAUAAAGUUUUAAUGAUAAUGUAAUUUGUAAAUAAAUAAUGAGUGAGAUAAACCUAGAUACAAAGUAA